CAACAGGGUACAAAAAGAUUGAAACAUGAGUUCAGACAUUGGAAAAGUAAUCGAGGAAAAGUUAAAGAAAGAAUUCAACCCUUUGCAUUUGAGUGUUGAAGAUCUUUCAGAUGGCUGUGGAGGCAAGUUCAUGGUGGUUGUAGUAUCAGAAAAAUUUGCAGGAAAAAGUUUACUUGAAAGACACAGGCUUGUAAACAGUUGCCUGGAGGAGGAAAUCAAGCAAAUACAUGCUUUUUCACAGAAAACUUACACACCAGAACAGUGGGAAAAACAAAAGAGCAAGUGAAUACUGUGGGUUGUCAUGACUUGG